ACCUUUUUUUUGUGUUUCAGGGCUGAGCACGGAGGGGAUUUAUCGCGUCAGCGGCAACAAGUCGGAGAUGGAGAGUCUGCAGCGCCAGUUCGACCAGGACCACGGCCUGGACCUGGCUGAGAAGGAUUUCACCGUCAACGCCGUGGCCGGAGCCAUGAAAAGUUUCUUCUCGGAGCUGCCGGAGCCCCUGGUGCCCUACGCCAUGCAGCUGGAGCUGGUGGAGGCCCACAGUGAGUCCGGAAUUCCCAAAAUUCCCCAAAAAAUUCCCAAAAAAUUCCCCAAAAAAUUCCCGCUUUAUUUCCCGUUAAUCGGUGCCGCCAUUCCCAGAGCGGCCACUGGAGGGCGACAGUGAGUCCAGAAUUCCCACAUUCCCCGAAUUCCUAGAAUCCCCAAAUUUCCAGAAUUCCCAAAAUUCCAGAAUUUCCAAAAUUCCCCAAAUUCCCCCCAAAAUUCCCCAAAUUCCUCAAAUUCCCCCAAAAAUUCCCCAAAAAUUCCCAAAUUUCCCCCAAAAAAAUUCCCGCUUUAUUUCCCGUUAAUCGGUGCCGCCAUUCCCAGAGCGGCCACUGGAGGGCGACAGUGAGUCCAGAAUGCCCACAUUCCCCGAAUUCCUAGAAUUCCCAAAUUUCCAGAAUUCCCAAAAUUCCCCAAAUUCCCCCAAAAAUUCCCCAAAUUCCCCCAAAAAUUCCCAAAUUUCCCCCAAAAAAUUCCCGCUUUAUUUCUCAUUAAUCGGUGCCGCCAUCCCCAGAGCGGCCACUGGAGGGCGACAGUGAGUCCAGAAUUCCCACAUUCCCAGAAUUCCUAGAAUUCCCAAAUUUCCAGAAUUCCCAAAAUUCCCCAAAUUCCCCAAA